GCACCGCAGGACCCAGAACUGUAAAACUGUUUGAAGUAGAGAGCCUCCUCUUGUCCAGCGCGCCCAUGGAAGGCGACGUUAUGGAUAAACUGGAGGACAUGGCCUCAGUGUGCGAGUUCGACCCUAUCACGGGGGAUAUUCCCGCCACCAAAGUGGAGAUCACCGUAUCGUGCAGAAAUCUGUUAGAUCGGGACACCUUCUCCAAGUCUGAUCCUUUGUGUGUUCUGUACACUCAGGGAGUGGAGUCUAAGCAGUGGCGUGAGUUUGGGAGAACUGAAGUCAUUGACAACACCCUGAACCCAGACUUUGUGAGAAAGUACAUCCUGGACUAUUUCUUCGAGGAGAAGCAGAAUCUGCGCUUUGACAUAUAUGACAUUGACUCCAAAAGUCCUGAUCUGGCCAAACACCCCUCCGAUUUCAACGACUUCCUGGGUCAGACCUUCUGCACUCUGGGUGAGAUAGUGGGUUCACCAGGCAGUCAUCUGGAAAAGCCUCUGGGUGGCAUCCCUGGGAAGAAUUGUGGUACCAUUAUUCUCACCGCAGAGGAACUCGGAAACUGUCGGGACUGUGCAUCAAUGCAGUUCUGUGCCAAUAAGCUGGAUAAGAAAGACUUCUUUGGCCGUUCUGACCCGUUCAUGGUGUUCUACAGAAGUAAUGAGGACGGAACGUUCACUAUCUGCCAUAAAACUGAAGUGGUAAAGAAUACACUGAAUCCCGUCUGGCAGCCGUUCACCAUUCCUGUCAGAGCGUUGUGCAAUGGAGAUUAUGACAGGUCAAUUAAAGUGGAGGUGUAUGACUGGGACAGAGAUGGCAGUCAUGAUUUUAUCGGGGAGUUCACCACCAGCUACAGAGAGCUCUCUCGUGGUCAGAGUCAGUUCAACGUGUACGAGGUGGUAAACCCUAAAAAGAAACUCAAAAAGAGGAGAUACAUCAACUCUGGCACAGUGACACUGCUUUCAUUCUCGGUGGAGGCCGAACACACGUUCCUGGACUACAUCAAAGCAGGCACUCAGAUCCAUUUCACAGUGGCCAUUGACUUCACUGCGUCCAAUGGGAACCCUUCUCAGUCUACCUCCCUGCAUUACAUGAACCCCUAUCAGAUGAACGCGUAUGCCAUGGCGUUGAAGGCCGUGGGCGAGAUCAUUCAGGACUAUGACAGCGAUAAGAUGUUUCCUGCAUUGGGCUUUGGAGCCAAGCUUCCUCCUGAUGGCCGGGUUUCCCAUGAAUUUCCCCUGAAUGGUAAUGUAGAUAACCCAUACUGCAAUGGGAUGGAGGGUAUCCUAGAGGCUUACCACGAGAGCCUGAAGACUGUCCAGCUCUACGGACCCACCAAUUUUGCUCCUGUCAUCAACCAUGUAGCAAGGUAUGCAGCAGCGGUUCAAGACGGCUCGCAGUACUUUGUGCUUCUCAUCAUCACAGAUGGUGUGAUAUCAGAUAUGGCUCAGACUAAAGAAGCCAUCGUCAAUGCGGCAAAACUACCUAUGUCCAUUAUUAUUGUUGGAGUUGGCCAAGCUGAGUUUGACGCCAUGGUUGAACUGGACGGCGAUGAUGUAAGAAUAUCCUCCAGAGGAAAGCUGGCGGAGAGGGAUAUUGUACAGUUCGUACCAUUCAGAGACUACAUGGAUAGGACAGGAAACCACGUCCUGAGCAUGGCACGGCUUGCCAAGGAUGUCCUGGCCGAGAUCCCGGAUCAGUUAAUUUUAUAUAUGAAGUCAAGGGGCAUCAAGCCCAACCAGACACCACCAGACUACAGCCCACCUGGGCUCAGCCCAACCCCCACCGUAUGA